AUUUUCCAAAAAAAUUAAAAAUGCCAAUCCCAAACAACACUUGAAUGGGGAGGGAGUUGGGCGAAAUACUGUGAGGCCAUCUUCCCUAUUAACCGCCGGCCAGAAGACCCUGCAACGAUCGAUUCAACACAAGCUUCCAUUCAUAUUACUUUCAAACCAUUUUUCUUCUUCUUCUUCUUCUUCUUCUUCUUCUCUCUCUAGCGAAGUUCUCAGGCUUCACUCGUCCUCGCUCUCCAACGAACAAGGACCCAAGCCAAGUACCCAACAUAACAUGUCUUCACUGUUAAUCCACUCCAUCUCCAGAUAAAUGGCUGUGUAUCUAUCUCUCAUGAGAAGGAGCGCGGUCCGUUCGAGAGUUCAAGGCUCGGUCACAAAACCAUUAACAUUCUUGCCAUUUAACCAGCACUUCUCUUCGGUACCUCUGCCUUUGGACGACCACCACACUUUCUACUAUGAUAGUAACCUCCACCGAAGCUUCAAUUCCGCGUCAUUGUACACAUUUCUUUUAAGUAGUUCAAUUAGCAAGAGGCACUUGAAUCAGAUUCAUGCUCAGCUACUUGUCUCUGCACUACACGAUAAUGGAUUUUUAGUGACAAAAUUUAUUAAUGUUGGUUCGGAUCUUGGGGAAAUUGGUUAUGUCCGUGAGUUGUUCGAUGAUUUUCCUGACCCAGAUGUGUAUUUGUGGAAUGCCAUCAUUCGAGGUUACUCAAGGCACAACAUGUUUAGUGAUGCUAUUGACAUGUAUUGGAGAAUGCAGGUUUGGGGGGUGAGUCCAGAUUGCUUCACUCUUCCUCAUGUGCUCAAAGCUUGCAGUGGAUUUCAGGCACUUGAAGUGGGUCGAGUGAUACACGGGCAGAUAUUCAGACACGGGUUUGAGUCAGAUGUGUUUGUGCAAAAUGGGCUUGUGGCUUUGUAUGCCAAAUGUGGUCAAAUUGAGCGGGCAAGGAUUGUGUUUGAUGGGUUGUACGAUAGGACAAUUGUUUCAUGGACAUCAAUUAUUUCUGGGUAUGCUCAGAAUGGCCAGCCUCUGGAAGCAUUGAGAAUUUUUAGUGAAAUGAGAAAAUUUAACGUAAAACCGGACUGGAUUGCUCUUGUGAGUGUCCUAAGGGCUUACACUGAUGUGGAGGACUUGGAACACGGAAAAUCCAUUCAUGGUUGUGUUAUUAAAAUGGGUCUUGAAUUUGAACUGGACUUGUGCAUUGGACUUACAGCCAUGUACGCAAAAUGUGGGCAGGUAAUGGUUGCAAAGUCAUUAUUUGACCAAAUGGAGGUACCCAAUGUGAUUCUGUGGAAUGCCAUGAUUUCGGGGUACGCAAAAAAUGGUUGUGCUGACGAAGCUGUGGAGCUCUUCCAGAAUAUGAUAUCUAAUGAAAUUAGACCAGAUUCUGUCACAGUAAGAUCUACCAUCUUAGCUUGUGCACAAGUGGGGUCGCUUGAACAAGCAAGGUGGAUAGAAAAUUACGUCAACAGUAGCAUGUACAGAGAUGAUGUUUUUGUCAGAACAACCCUUAUUGACAUGUAUGCAAAAUGUGGAAGUGUAGAGUUGGCUCGCAAAGUAUUUAAUUGGACACUGGAUAAAGAUGUUGUUGUGUGGAGUGCCAUGAUUGUAGGAUAUGGAUUGCACGGUUGUGGGAAAGAAGCCAUUGAUCUUUUCCACAUGAUGAAGCAAGCUCGAGUCCACCCUAAUGAUGUCACCUUCAUUGGGCUCCUUACUGCGUGUAACCAUUCGGGUCUUGUUGAACAGGGAUGGGAGUUCUUCCAUAGCAUGAAAGAAUAUGGAAUUGAGCCACGCCACCAACAUUACGCUUGUGUGGUUGAUCUGCUUGGCCGUGCUGGCUAUUUGGACCAGGCUUAUGAUUUUAUAAUGAACAUGCCAAUCGAACCAGGUGUUACCGUAUGGGGAGCCCUUUUGAGUGCAUGCAAAAUCUAUCGCCACGUGGCACUAGGAGAAUAUGCAGCAGAACGGCUUUUCUCACUAGAUCCGUUAAAUACUGGACAUUACGUGCAGCUUUCAAAUCUCUACGCUUCAACCCGUAUGUGGAAUGGUGUUGCAAAAGUGCGGAUUUUGAUGAGGGAGAGAGGACUGAGUAAGGAUCUGGGUUAUAGUAUGAUUGAGAUUAAUGGAAAGCUUCAAGCCUUUCGUAUGGGAGACAAGUCACAUCCAAGAGAAAGAGAGAUUUACAAGGAACUUGAGAGAUUAGAGAGUAGAUUAAAGGAGGCUGGAUUCAUACCCGAUACAGAUUCUGUGUUGCAUGACUUGAAUAAUGAAGAUAAGACGGAGAGUCUUUGUAAUCAUAGUGAGAGGUUAGCAAUCGCUUACGGCCUAAUCAGUACACCGCCUGGAACUACGCUUAGGAUAACAAAAAAUCUCCGAGCUUGUGUGAAUUGUCAUUCAGCAACCAAACUAAUAUCAAAGCUUGUUGAUAGGAAGAUAGUUGUUAGGGAUGCAAAUCGUUUUCAUCACUUCAAGGAUGGCAUUUGUUCUUGUGGAGAUUAUUGGUGAGGGCUGUUUGGUGUAGCUUAUAUGAAUUGAUUAAAAAUUCUUUUAUUUUAGGAGUUUAUAUCAAACUAUUUGAUGCAGCUUCUGCUUGCAACUUAUUAGGAAAAAAUAGCUUAAGUUGAAAAAGUUGAUUAUCUAUAGAAGUUGAGGGUAGGAUGUUUUUGGCUUCUGUUUUCUGAUUAUUUGUUAUUAGUUUACCAAAAACUGCACCAAACAGGGUAGUAUCUGGCUGCCAGGGAGCUCUGUAAUUUUCUAUAAACUAAACUUGGAAGAAGAAUACAGUUUUAGAAUGACAAAACCAACUUGUUUGUUUUGAGUGGUCUCGUCUGCUGUACAUAGAUUUUGAAGCACCAGACAGCCAUAGACGAUGUUGUAAGUUAUCCUUUUAGCACUUUUUCAUGUAACACAAUAAAUGAAUAAAUACAUAAAGCAUUGAUUUGUUUCAGGUUCUUAUUUGAUUCCCAGUUCUAUACAAGUACAUGUAUUCUAUAAAGCAUGCUGAAAUUCUUACUGUUCCUUCUCAGGGUUGUCUUUUUGCUGCAUUCAUUGAGGGUGAUUGUUUAGUUUAUACUACUUUGCUUAAAUUUUUAUUGGUUUGGUUCUUUGUUAAUGUAAAACACAGAGUGAUUUAUUAGAGUUUAAUAAUUUUGGCUUGUUUAGCAUUGUUGUU